UCAGCGGGAGGCGGAGCUUGGCGCUUCCGUCCACGGUCCGCCGCAGCGCCGUCCCGCCGCCGCCGCCGUCCCGCCCGCCCGCCGCGGCCUCCGCAGAGCGCCCGAGCCCCCGCUCCCUGGCAGGAACAUGUCCGCUCCAGCAGCUCAGCCGCCCGCGGAAGGGGCAGAAGGGGCCGCCCCCGGUGGGGGUCCCCCCGGCCCCCCUCCCAACUUGACCAGCAACAGACGGUUACAGCAAACGCAGGCGCAGGUGGAGGAGGUGGUGGACAUCAUGCGCGUGAACGUGGACAAGGUCUUGGAGAGGGACCAGAAGCUUUCGGAGCUGGAUGACCGAGCCGACGCCUUGCAGGCCGGAGCCUCCCAGUUUGAGAGCAGCGCCGCCAAGCUAAAACGGAAGUACUGGUGGAAAAACUGCAAGAUGAUGAUCAUGUUGGGGGCCAUCUGCGCCAUCAUCGUGGUAGUUAUAGUAAGCCUGAGAAUAAGCACCUAGUGAUUGCAGCCGAGUAAGAACCCCCCCCCCGUUCCUUCUCCCAGAAGGAACUGUCUGUCUCUCCCUCUUUCCUCCUCCCCUCUGUGUUUUCUGGAACAUUCUAUGUCAUGUGCAUGGGCACCCCAUAAUUGCAUCCCGCCGAGGUCUGCAAGUCUGUGGAUUUUGCCGUUGGGGGCGUCAGAAGGAAAUCCCCCUUGUUGUACAUUUUUAUCUUCAUUUUUGUCUGAUCGCUGAGGAUUUUUUCAAGUGGGGCUCAGAGUCAGCCUGGGGGGGGUGCAAUGGUGCCCUGUGUCACGGGGGGGGCUCAGGCCUGCGCCCCAGCCUCUGGGACCCCUCAGCCCCGAUGAGAACUCUCCUGGCCUCCUUCUCUUCCUUCAUUCCUGGAUGCUUCAUGCACACACCGUGGCCCCGAGGACGGCAGGCUGUGUGGGGUAAACUGGGGGGCUGGA